GUUUCACUCGGUGCAGAAAUACAGAAAGUGCGAGUGGAACGAACAAAUUUUGUGACCGAUAAACUGCUAUGUAAAGAUCUUUCUAAGAAAUUAACUUCGUUCAUCGUAGCGCAGCAGAACCGUAAUUGAAUCCAUCUGUGUGUGAUAAAACUAUAUAACCAAUUUAAUGAGUGCACCUAACCUAUAAAGUUUGCGAGAAUGGUGAUAUAUGGUGUUUACAUUGUGUCAAAGUCCGGUGGCUUGAUUUUCAAUCAUGAUCACAAUGUCCCGAAAAUUGAAGUGGAGAAGUCUUUUAAUUAUCCACUAGAUAUUAAACUAAAUUACGAGAACAAAAAGGUGACGGUAGCCUUUGGACAAAGAGAUGGGAUAAAUGUGGGUCACGUAUUGACGACAGUAAACGGAACUGCGAUCAAUGGACGCGAGCUCGAAGAUGGAAGAGACGUUUUGGAGAUGCUGGAGCAACCGGAAAGUUUCCCGGUAACGUUAAAGUUCGGUCGGGCGAAGAUGACAACGAACGAGAAGAUAUUUCUAGCUUCAAUGUUCUACCCGCUGUUUGCUAUCGCGAGCCAACUAAGUCCGGAACCACGAAGCUCCGGCAUUGAGGUCCUCGAAGCGGACACAUUCCGUUUAUACUGCUUCCAGACGCUAACGGGUAUUAAGUUCAUGAUAGUAGCGGAACCGUCGCAGCCAGGCAUGGAAAUCUUGUUGAAGAGAGUGUACGACUUGUACGCGGACUAUGCACUAAAGAAUCCAUUUUAUGCGUUGGAAAUGCCCAUUCGGUGUGAACUAUUCGAAACUAAUCUACAAGCAUUACUAGAAACGGUUGAAAAAUCGGGAAUAAGCAACGUUUAGGCCGUUAUGUGUAACCUAAGGCUGUUGUCUAAAGCUUGAUAUUUAUGUCGGAAAGAUAAUGUUAUAAAAUGUUGGAUCAAGUAACGUGAACUCCAAAAAAACAAGAGAAA